UUCAAUCAGCUACCGUUGACUUCUUAGCCCACCUCCCCCCACCCUCUGCCCAUCGUACAAACGACGACGCGACGUGCGUAUAACGUAUCCAAUGUAUUUGCUAUGUAUUCGAAUACCAAUAUCUAUGUACUACGCGUGUGCGUGGUAAUACGUUCCUCGCUCGUUGCUUUAUCCUCGCAUUCGUUUUUCCCCAUAGACACUUCCUAAUCAUUGACAUCGGCUCGUCCUCGUUCUUUUCUUCUUUUUUCCUUGAAGAGAACGAACCGAAUGAUGUCUCCUUAUUUCUCAUUAUUCCCUAUUAAAUUUUACUUUACUUCAACGUUGACGAUAAUUCUCUUCGCGAUCGCGUGACGCGCGUUACGACUUCUUUACCACCGAUGCUGACAAGAGUGUCAUCGGCGAUCGUUCAGCAAGGACGACGAUGUCUGGAAGCAGCGAUUCCGAGGAAUUUUUCGACGCGGAGGACGAUUCCUUCCAUCGUAUCUCGCGGAAAGUCAGACAGCGUGAUUCUACAAGCGCUACAGAGAUACAAAUACAAAAUAUACCAGAUUCUACUAAAGAAAUAGUGGAUGAUGUUUUCGUCAAACCGGCUGAUCCUAAAUCAAUUUCUGAUAUUAAGGAUAAUAUAACAUUGGAAAGAGUACAGAGCAAGGAUAGACUUGUAGAAGAUGAUGGUAAAGUGACAAAUACGGAUAAGAUCGUAGGUAGAAGGAGAUUUCGUGAAUUGAGACAACGUAUGCAAACAGAAGAUGAUGAUAUUCCUGUAAACAGUUCUCCUCCGGAUAGUCAAACUUCUUCCAUCGAAGGAAUUUAUCCGAUGCCUUCUAAAACUACCCACCCAUUCCGAAUUAUAGAACAUGAUACUCUCAGUUUGCAAAGUAUGACUUCUUUAGGCCGAGUAGGUCGAAUUUUAGCGGGUGUAACGGAUAAUGUUUCUGGGAUGCUUGCACCAGGUGUAGCUCAGUGUUCUGGCUCAACUGUUCUUACUCGCGAAAACCAGAUGUCCUCCAUUGCUAGUAUUCCAAGCAAAGACGAGGAUACUGCAUCUGGUAAGCUGUCUCAGUCAUCAAGCGUCCUUACCUUAUCAGGGGAUAUCCUUCAGGAAUCCUCUGUUAAUGGUAGAUGCGAUUAUGUCUCACAUCCGCAAAGUGACAAGACUAUGAUGCUUCAAGAACCUGAUGUCAUCGCGAGUACAAAAAAUAAUGGAAAGGCCCUGGAGGAUGGUACAAAAGUAGACGUGCCCGUAGCACCUCCUAGACGUAAGAAGAAAUCAAAAGUGCAAACGCCUACUGAUCUUGCUCCACCUACUACGGAAGUUUUAGUACCAGCUUCUCCUUUACCAAGUCCAGCAAGUACCAUUGAAUCUAUUACGAGAGAAUUCGAACAUUCUCUUGAUAUUAGAUCAGCGACCAAAGGACAAUACGUUGUGAAACCACAAGAUGAAGAUAAGUCAAAAGCCGAAGGACCAUCGACCGAAGAAUUGGAAAGAAUAGAACGAAUGAAAGCUGAAUUACUUAGCGUACGAUCAAGCGAUAAGUCUAGUAGUCCCAUGGGAUCAAUAUCUAGCAACAGUAUCGGUCGAUAUUCUUUAGGUCCUCAUAAACUUCCUGGCUUGAGUCCUCAAGGUUCUAGAGAAAGACGAAAAUCUGCUGGGGAUCAGGAUAUGGUUAAACAAUUAAAUAUGUUCGUAAGAACACGUACUGAUUCGGGAAAACGUCUUACGGAUAUGGAAAUAUUGGAACAAGUUACCGUGCUCAAUUUGGAUACGGGAGAAAGAGUGCCAUUAAGCAUAGCCGAAGAUAAAUUACCGCAAUGCAUUAAUCCUUUAUCUUUACACAUUAUGAGAUUAACGUCGGAGUACAUAAGUAAUUCCAGUUUGGAAAAAGAGAAAGAAAGUGACGAGGAAAGUGUUGAUAGUAAAAUGUCGAGUAUACCACCCGAUGAGGAUGUAACGGUUGGUAGAGUACGUAAGCGUACGCAAAAAUUGAAACGAUUCUUAGGAUCGACUGUUAAGAAAACAAUGGACAAAGCAAAGUCAAUCGCUCAAGAAGUUUCACACGCUAGACACAAAGAGGACGUGAUGGAAAUUCUCGAUGAUGUUUAUCCCGGUGAGCAACAAUACAUUAAAUUAAAAGCAUCGAACAGUCACAAAGGCCCAUACGAAUUUAGUUGUUUACAACACGUUCAAGAUCUUAGCGGAGAACACGUUGGUCCCGUUUGGUGUAUGAAAUUUUCAGCAUGCGGUAGAUUAUUAGCAACCGCUGGACAGGAUCGUGUUUUAAGAAUAUGGGUAUUACGAGAUGCUUUUACGUAUUUUCAAGAUAUGAGAACAAAGUAUAACGCGGAAAAGGUCAGUCCAACGCCUUCACAAGAAUCAUUAGUAUCUCAACAAUCAAUGGAGGAUCCUAACGUCGUAGCGAGUGCCUUCAGUGAGAUAGAAGGAACAAAGAGUCCAUUUAUGCCAAAGCCAUUCUGUACGUAUACAGGACAUACGUCAGAUUUACUUGACGUAUCAUGGUCAAAGAACUAUUUCGUUUUAUCAUCGUCAAUGGAUAAAACCGUACGAUUAUGGCAUAUAUCAAGAAAGGAAUGUUUAUGUUGCUUUCAACAUAUUGACUUUGUAACCGCUAUAGUGUUUCAUCCACGAGAUGAUCGAUAUUUCCUUUCCGGCUCGCUGGACGGUAAACUACGCCUUUGGAAUAUACCAGAUAAAAAGGUAGCUGUUUGGAAUGAGGUAGACGGCCAAACGAAAUUAAUAACAGCUGCGAACUUUUGUCAAAAUGGCAAGUUUGCUGUAGUUGGUUCUUACGAUGGUCGAUGUAUAUUUUAUAAUACCGAUCAAUUAAAAUAUCAUACGCAAAUAGACGUACGUUCGACAAGAGGCAAGAAUUCGACCGGUCGUAAAAUAAGUGGCAUCGAACCGAUGCCAGGAGAGGAUAAGAUCUUGGUUACCUCAAACGAUAGCCGUAUACGUCUCUACGAUUUAAGAGAUUUAAAUCUAUCCUGCAAGUACAAGGGAUACGUUAACGUUAGCAGUCAAAUCAAAGCGAGCUUCAGUCCGGAUGGUCAAUAUAUAGUUAGCGGUUCAGAAAAUCAAUGCAUUUACAUAUGGAAGACGCAUCAUGAUUAUUCGAAAUUUUCUAGCGUUCGUAGAGACCGUAAUGACUUUUGGGAAGGUAUUAAAGCACAUAAUGCCGUUGUAACGUGUGCCGUAUUCGCACCAAAUCCAGAUAGUAUCAUUAAACAGAUAGAGGAGAGAGAGCAGUGGGAGGGGAAGGAUGAUCCAAAGAGUAUAGGAAAUUCUAACGUGAACAAUGCACCAGUUGAUCCUGUUGUAGAACAACGUACCAAAGGAUGCGGUGGACACGUUCUCGUAAGCGCCGAUUUCAAUGGGUUCAUCAAGGUUUUUUUAAACAAAACUAAACCGAAACAUAGCUCAUUACCUGCUUCUGCUCUCGCGUAACGUAACGUCGUUGACGAUUCACACAUACAUACACAUUUUUGGGGAAAUAGUCAAAAUAGAAAUAAUAAAAUAUCAAAGCAUUCUUUGUCUUUAUUAAAUAUCACGAAUCUCAAUGCGCUCAUUAUGAGAGAAGAUAAACUGUAUUAAAUAAUUAAACAAGCUGUUUAUUGGAAGUUUAUUCAAAAAAAAAAAAGAAAAAAAAAAAAGGAAAAAAAAAAGAAGAAAAAAGAAAAAAAAAAUUCUAUAUGUUAUAUGCCGCGAGUAUUGUCUAAUCGUUAAUAGAGAAACUAUUUGUCGCGCGACAUACGUAUAUUUUUCAAAGCUCUUACGUGAUAACGCCUAUUUAAAAAGGGGAGAAAAAGAAAAAAAAAAAAACAAACAAAAUAAAAAUUAAAAAAAAAAAAAAAUAAAUAAAAAAUACUUAUUUUAAACUUAGCCACGAGAUGAGUAACACAGUGUGAUGAUAAUUCUUAAUAUAUACGUAUACACAUAUAUACAUAUAUAUUCACUCUUUUGUCGAAGAGAGAGAGAGAGAUAGAGAGAAAAAAAAAAGUAUUAUUGGUAACAUUAUGGCGAUGAUGACUAUGUAAAUUCUCUUUAAUCAACAUUUUUUGCAACACUCCCAAGCACCAUCCAAUCAUUCAUACACACACACACACACACACACAUAUACACAUAUGAUACACAAAGUAAAGACACGGCACACAUUCGACAAUUUCCUAAAUAAUAUCUUCUCUUUCGGUGCUGGUUCACUGUAGUCGCGUAGUCAGUCAUUCGUUAUUUUCUAAGUAAAACACCAAAGUUACGUUACAAAAGAUAUACGACCGUUCUUUUAACAGAAGUAUGGGUCUUUUUAAUUUUUUUUUCUUUUUUUUUUUUUUUUCGUUCUUUUUUUUUCUUUCUUUUUUUUUUUUUUCUUUUUUAAUCGAAACGUGAAGAGAUACGCAAGGAGCAUUUUCAUACAAAAACAAAAAAACGCAAAAAAAGAAAAAAAGAGAAAAAACAAAAACAAAAAAGAAAAAGUAAGCGUAACUAUUUUACGCCUGUAUUGCAAUGCAAUAAUCGACUAAUUGUUAGAGGAAACGAUUCGAAUAAGUGAAGUUUUGCGAAUAGAUAAACUCAAUAAUUUACUGUUAAGCUAAGAAUUUUUUAAUCCGAAUGAUGAUUUCUAAAAUAUUUUUUUUAAUCUUUAAAAUAAAUAUAUGGCGCAAUAUACGAAAGACAAUAUCGAAAUGUGUUUUAACGUCAUUAAAAUGCAUUAUUAAUUGUAAUUUUUCUUAAAAGUGUUCUUCGUAAAAAAAAAAAAGAAAAAAAAAAAGAAAAGAAAGAAAACUAAGUUUAGAAAUGAUACCUUAGGGUAAAUAUUGUUGCACUCGCAAUACGAAGAUUUUAGAUCAACGUUCGAGAUGGCUCAAACACAAUUUAUGGUCACAUUAUGUGUUAAGCACGUAAUUAACAUCGCAAACGGUGUGAAGGGAAAAAGAGAGGGAGAAAGAAAAACACAGAAAAAAAAAAAAGAAAAAAAGAAAACAAUAAAAAAAAGAAAAAAACGUAUGGUUAUUCCUGUGCAUUAACGUUUUUAGUAUAUAGAAAUUGUCACGUGCUCACGACACUCGCUAUAAUUAGUAUUGAUCAUGGUGUAAAAUAAUGUAUGUCAUUCUUAUCUGGUGUAGGCAUCAUUCUUGUGUACGAAAUAUUGUACAUUUCGUGACCUGUCAAUUAUAGAAAUGCAGAUAAUACAAUUUUUAAGAAGCGCAAAAUGAUAACAAUCUGCGAAACGACAGUGUGAUAUAUUGCAGAAGACUCUUAGAAAUUUGUACUUUCUUUCAUUUUCUACACGAAGAUAAAUUCAAAGAGAACAAAUAUUGGCUGUUAUAAUUGUUAUUAAUAAUAAGAUCGUGUGGGUGAAAUACACGACUUGGAUAUCUAUUAUUUACAGAAACGGCAACAAUUGGAACAGCUCGCGGAUUGGCUAUAACGUACAACAUAUUUUAAUUAUAUAUUGUAAUUUAAAUGUAAAUACGCAGGAAGAAGGAAUGUAGGUAUUUUGUGUAAAUGCAAUUGUAAAUAUUAGAUAAAAAUAAAGAUCAAAUUAUCGUAACAGAAAA